AGAGAUAAUAAUAAAAAUGGAAAUGAUUUUGAUUAUUUAGAAAAUUAACACGAUUGUGUUCCAUUCAUAGAUGACAUGAUAUGAUUCUAAAUGAUUCUUGAUGAAUAUGAUCUCUAAUUAAUAAUAAUCAAUAUAACCGCGGUAAUUCAUAAUCCUGGACCAAUAUAAUAUACAAGAACGAAAAAUGACAACUUUGCUGCAUGACAUCAGAAAAUUAGUUGAAUUGCUGAUGAUGGCGAUGAUGAUGAUGAUGAUCAGCUGAUUGAUCGACCACCACACAUGCAACAAAAAAAAAGAAAAUGUCAAAUAUUGGAAAAUUAUUAUGUACAUGUAGAUAUUUCCUUAAAAUUGCGUAUAUUGGAACCAGAUACAAAGGUGUACAACGACAAACUCGACGUAACAUGAAAGCAGCCAUCAUCGAUGAUUAUAAUGAUGGCGAUUUAUUCGGUGGUGGUGGUGGUGGUGGAAUUUUGAACAAACAAAAUGAUGAUGAAGAUGGUACCAUUCAAGCGGCCAUUGAAAAUUCAUUGAAUCGUGCAUUAUGUCCAGUUUAUGGUGCUCGUUUGGCCCUCAGUUCACGUACCGAUUCUGGUGUUCAUGCAUUAAUGAAUACGGCAAAUGUUGAUCUAACACAUCCAUUACCAGAUACAAUUUAUCGUCCAUCAUUCAUUGUGGCCGCCACAAAUCGUCUACUUUCCUAUGCUGGUCACGAUAUAACAAUAUUGGAUGCACGUCUAGUUUCAUCACAUUUUCAUAGCCGUAUUAAUGCCAAAUAUCGUUCGUAUAAAUAUCGGUUUGCUUCGAUUAUUUUGCCCAAUACAGAUGAUAACAAUAAUAAUCAUUAUAAACCGGCACAACAACAACAAAUCCAAUAUAAUCAAUUUCGUUCAAUAUUGCCAAUAACAUUAGUGAAUCGAUGCCACAUUAUAGCUGGACCAUUAAAUUUAGAAGCAAUGAAUGAAUCGUGCAAGUUACUUUGUGGUUAUCAUAAUUUUUGUAACUUUACAACACUUUCAAGUGAUAAUCGUGAAAAAGAUCCACGAAAGACUAUUGAAAAAUUUUAUUUGCAAAAACUUUCGAUUUCUGAUACAUUCGAUAAUGUUGUUGUUAUUGGUGGAAAUUCUAAUAUUGAAUUUUAUGAAUUUUUCAUACAAGCCGAUUCUUUUCUCUAUAAUCAAAUUCGUCGUAUGGUUGCAGCCAUUAUUGAUGUUGGUCUUGGCCAUAUUACCAUCGAAGAAUUACGAUCAAUGAUACCGGAAAAUGAUGAUGAUGAUGAUGAUAUUGAUUCGAAUGGAAAAGAAAUUAUGAUAAUGCAACGACAAAGAUGGCCAUUAUCGCGUAACAUUCAGAAACGAUUAUCCACCAUGGUACCGGCAUGUGGUCUUUAUCUAGUAGAUGUUGGUUACGAUGAACAGGAUUUUAAACUUGAUGAAAAUUUUAAUGAAUACUCACCAAAAACUGUUUAUUAUAAUGAAAAUUCAUUCGAUUGCGAUGAUACCAGUGAUCUUGAUUCUUGAAUAAUUAUCGUCAAUGUUGAUGACAUGUGAAAAAAAUCAGGACAAUUAUGUUUGGGUUGAGAUUUUUUGUUUUCAUUCGGUUUGGUCCAUUUUCGCUGACUCAUCAUCAUCAUCAUUGAAAUGAUUUUCGGACAAAUUCUCAAAUGGCCAUAAUUACUCUACUUCAAUCAGUCCAGUCCAGUUCAUCAUUAUGACUCAAGAUUUUCUUCUGUUCCACUUACCCAAUGGGUUGGUGGGUGUUCAUCAAAAAAAUUUGGAAAACUAAAAGUUUCUGGUUCUUAUCUCUUGGUCGUCGUCGUCGUCGUC